GAUUGGUUUAUGGAUAAAUCAAAAUUGAAUUUUACAGUUGUGUGUUUGUCUGAUAUGAUAUUUCAUUUAGUGUUUGAAGCGGCUUAUCGGUGCUACUUUGGAUUUUGCUGUCGAGUUGAUAAUAACACGUCUUGUGUGUAACCUAAUUUAUCACAUUUUGAAUGUAAAUAAAAAUUAAUAAAUUCAUCAUUAUUGUGUGUUUAACAUUGUGAAUUAUUUUUUUUUUUUUUAAAUAAUACAAUGAGUUUAAGAAAACCGAGAAGAGAUUCAGAUGUUAUUCUCUCGAAAUAUAAUCAAAAAGAACUUUUAUUUAAAUUUCUUAUCAUUGGAGAUUAUGGAGUUGGUAAAACAGCGAUUGUCAGAAGAUAUACUGAAGGUAAAUUUUCAUCAAAUUACAAGAUAACUAUAGGUGCUGAUUUUGCAAUUAAAACACUUUAUUGGGAUCCAAAUACUAAAAUAAAUUUACAACUAUGGGACAUUGCUGGCCACGAAAGGUUUGGAUAUAUGACAAGGGUCUAUUACAAAUAUGCAGUUGCAGCUGCUCUUGUUUUUGACAUAUCACGAGUUGCAACAUUUCAAUCAGUCAAAAAAUGGUUGAGUGAUCUACGUGAAAAAGUAACAUUACAGGAUGGCUCAAGUAUUCCAAUUGUUUUACUUGCAAAUAAAUAUGACAUACAACAGAGUGCAAUUCAAACUGAUCAAAUUAUUAAAUUUUGCAAAGAUAAUAAAAUUUGUAAAUGGUUCAUUACAUCAGCUAAGGAUAAUUUAAACAUUGAUAACGCAAUGUAUUAUCUUGUUGAGAAUGUACUGAGAGCCAAAAUUGAUGAUGAUAUUAGAGACUCAAUAAGACUACGUGAAACAUUGCUAAUUGAUGAAAAUAAUGGAUGCUGCAAAUCUCAAUGAUAAUACCAAUAAAAUUAGUAUGUAAAUAAAAUUUAAAAUU